AUGGCUAUUCCCGUCCUGACGCUGGGAGCCUGCGGCGAAAAAAAGAAUCCGCUGCUGGUGACGUCCACCGCGCCCUACGAAGCGCCGCUGUUCCCGCAAAUCACAAACGAAGAUUACAAACCGGCUUUCGACAAAGCGCUCGAAGAGGCCCGUGCGGACAUCGACCGCAUCGUGAACAAUCCCGACGAACCGACCUUUGCGAAUACCGUCGAAGCGCUUGCGUUCAGCGGAGAACGCCUCGACAACGUCAGCAGCGUCUUUUUCAACCUGAACGAAGCGAACACGAACGACACGAUGCAGAACCUGGCGCUGGAAAUCUCGCCUGUUCUGACCGAAUUCAGCAACGACAUCACGCUGAAUCCGGCGCUUUUCGAACGGGUCAAAGCGGUCUACGCCCGACGCGACUCGCUCGCCCUGACGCCCGAACAGUCUCGCCUGCUCGAAAAGACCUACAAAGAUUUCGCGCGCAACGGCGCGGCGCUGUCCGAAACGGAUAAAAAGACCUACCGCGAGCUAACCGCCAAACUGUCGCAACUGACCCAGAAAUUCAACCAGAACACGCUCGGCGCGACCAACGCCUUUAUCCUGCACAUCACCGACUCGGCGCAGGUCGCCGAACUGCCCGACCUUGUCCGCGAAGGAGCGGCGGCCGAGGCCAAAGAGCGUAACCUCGAAGGGUGGGUCGUCACGCUGCAAUACCCGAGUAUGUCGCCGUUUAUGAUGUACUCGUCGAACCGCGAGCUGAAGGAGAAGCUGUGGAAAGCGUAUAACACCCGCGCGUUCGGCGGCGAGUUCGACAACUCGAAGAUCGUCGAAGAGAUCGCCGACACCCGGCUACAAGUGGCCCGCCUGCUCGGCUACGAUACUUACGCCGACUAUGUGCUCGAAGAACGGAUGGCCGAAAGCGCCCCGACGGUCAACGCUUUCCUGACCGAACUGCUCGACCGGGCGAUCGGCGCCGCGCAUGCCGACGUAAAGAGCGUCGCCGAAUAUGCGGCCGCGAACGGUUUUACCGGCGAGUUGAUGCCGUGGGAUUUUUCCUACUAUUCCGAAAAACUGAAAAACGAAAAAUACAGCAUCAACGAAGAGCUGACCAAGCCCUAUUUCAAACUCGAAAACGUGCAGGCCGGCAUUUUCGACCUGGCCGGCAGACUCUACGGAAUCUCGUUCAAAGAGAACCCCGACAUCCGGUCUACCACCCGGACGUAA